UUUGUUAAAUGAGUUUUCAGUAGUUCUUCAGUACAUGCUAUUGUAUUGUUUGUGUGAUGUCUUACAGUGUCACUGGUCUGAUCUGGACUGUGAUGACUGAAUAAAUUGCAUCAUUUGCUGACUGUGGAAAGAUGGCUUGAUCUGCAAGACACAUUUAUGUAUAUGUGCAUUUUGUAAUGUAAUUGUAAUCAUAAAUUAAAUAUGUUCAGUUAAUGCCAAAUACAAGCUGUAUUCAUAACUCUUGCUGUUCUUGUCUACCCACAGGAGUUCCAAGAGUCAGAGGGGAUCACAGAGGAAACUGAAGCUGCUUUUGUACUUUAAGGGGGGGAAGGAAUGUUUACCCUUGCAGAAGUUGCAUCGCUCAGUGACAUCCAGCCAACUUACCGUAUCUUGAAACCAUGGUGGGAUGUAUUUAUGGAUUAUCUUGCUGUUGUUAUGUUAAUGGUUGCCAUUUUUGCUGGAACCAUGCAGCUGACAAAAGACCAGGUGGUCUGCUUGCCAGUUUUGCAGUCUACUGUAAAUUCAAAAGUGCAGCCUGAUACAGCAGGGAAGGCUGACUUCACCACUGUUGAAACAACCACUGGUCAAGAAGAAGCGUCAAUGAGAACUGUUUCCUUUGCCCCUACUGUAACACCUGACAUUCUUCAGAGCAGAGCUACCUCUUCUCAGUAUCAACCCACUGAAUCAGACCAGGAGCUGAAGAAGGAGCAGAAAGAUUCCUCAGGCCGUAAAACAAAUUUGGAUUUUCAGCAGUACGUAUUUAUUAACCAGAUGUGCUAUCAUUUGGCUCUUCCUUGGUACUCAAAGUAUUUUCCCUAUCUUGUUCUCAUCCAUACUAUCAUUUUAAUAGUUAGUAGUAAUUUCUGGUUCAAGUAUCCCAAGACUUGCUCAAAAAUUGAGCAUUUUGUAUCUAUACUGGGGAAGUGCUUUGAGUCUCCUUGGACUACAAAAGCGUUGUCUGAAACGGCAUGUGAGGACUCUGAGGAGAACAAACAGAGGUUAACUGGGGCCCAGUCCCUGCCCAAGUAUGUUUCCACUAGCAGUGACGAAGGAAGCCCAAGUGCUAGCACUCCCAUGAUAACCAAAUCUGGCUUCAAAUUUUCAGCUGACAAGCCGAUGAUCGAGAUUCCCAGUGUCACGAUUUUAGAUAAGAAAGAUGGAGAACAAGCCAAGGCGCUGUUUGAGAAAGUCCGUAAGUUCCGGGCUCAUGUGGAAGACAGCGAUCUGAUUUACAAGCUCUAUGUUGGCCAGACUGUCAUCAAGACUGUCAAGUUCAUAUUUAUUCUCUGCUAUACUGCAAACUUUGUCAACACCAUCAGUUUUGAACACAUCUGCAACCCGAAAGUGGAACACCUGAUUGGCUACACACAGUUUGAAUGUACACACAAUAUGGCUUAUAUGUUGAAGAAGCUGCUUAUCAGCUAUAUUUCCCUCAUCUGUGUCUAUGGUUUUAUCUGCCUCUACACGCUUUUCUGGCUGUUCCGGAUACCUUUAAAAGAAUACUCUUUUGAAAAGGUCAGAGAAGAGAGUAGCUUCAGCGAUAUCCCAGAUGUCAAAAAUGAUUUUGCGUUUCUCUUGCACAUGGUAGAUCAGUACGACCAGCUGUAUUCGAAGCGAUUUGGUGUCUUUUUGUCAGAGGUAAGCGAGAACAAACUGCGCGGGAUUAGUUUAAACCAUGAAUGGACUUACGAAAAGCUCCGGCAGCACGUCUCCCGCAAUGCCCAGGACAAGCAGGAGUUGCAUCUCUUCAUGCUGUCGGGAGUCCCCGAUGCAGUGUUUGAUCUGACCGAUCUGGAUGUGUUGAAACUGGAGCUGAUUCCUGAAGCGAAAAUUACAGCCAAAAUAUCCCAGAUGACAAAUCUUCAGGAGCUUCAUCUGUACCACUGCCCUGCGAAGGUCGAGCAGACUGCCUUCAGCUUCCUCCGGGACCACUUGAGAUGCCUUCAUGUGAAAUUCACAGAUGUUGCAGAAAUUCCUGCGUGGGUGUAUUUGCUCAAAACCCUCCGUGAAUUGUAUUUGAUAGGCAACUUGAACUCUGAAAAUAAUAAAAUGAUAGGGCUUGAAUCUCUUAGAGAGUUGAGACACCUUAAAAUUCUCCACGUGAAGAGCAAUUUGACCAAAAUUCCCCCCAAUAUCACAGAUGUAGCACCACAUCUGACAAAACUAGUCAUUCAUAAUGAUGGCACUAAGCUUGUGGUACUCAAUAGCCUUAAGAAAAUGACAAAUGUUGCAGAGUUGGAACUGCAGAACUGUGAACUGGAGAGAAUUCCCCAUGCCAUCUUCAGUCUCUCUAAUUUACAGGAACUGGAUUUAAAGUCAAAUAGCAUACGCACAAUUGAAGAAAUUAUCAGUUUCCAGCAUUUAAAAAGAUUGACUUGUUUAAAGCUGUGGCACAACAAAAUAGUCAGCAUUCCUUCAUCUAUUACUCACAUAAAGAAUUUGGAGUCUCUUUAUCUCUCCAAUAACAAACUUGAAACUUUACCUGCCGCAGUGUUCAGUUUACAGAAACUUCGGUGUUUGGAUGUAAGCUACAACUCAAUUGCGGUGAUUCCAGUGGAAAUAGGUUUGCUUCAAAAUCUUCAGCAUUUUCACAUCACAGGAAACAAAGUCGACGUUUUGCCAAAACAGUUGUUUAAAUGUGUUAAAUUGAGGACUUUGAGUCUGGGACAAAACUGUAUUACCUCAAUCCCAGAUAAAGUAAGUCAGCUGUUGCAGCUGACUUACCUGGAACUGAAGGGAAACUGCUUGGACCGUCUGCCAGCUACACUGGGGCAGUGUCAGCUUCUCAGGAAAAGUGGGCUUGUAGUGGAAGAUCACCUCUUUGACACUUUACCCUCAGAAGUUAAAGAGGUGUUGAAUCAAGACACAGGCAUUCCCUUUGCUAAUGGGAUUUAGACUGAGGUGAAAUGCUCUGGUAGCUGACUUCCAAAUGGUAAAUGAUAAAAAGUAUGGCAACUGUGAGAUCAUGUGUUCUAGAAAGCAGAAUUCCUUGGAAGGCAGAAUUACUGGCAGGAUUAGAAGUGCAACUGAGUGUUCAAUGUUUGCAGUGUUUUAAAAGUUCCAUUUCCAAAAUUUUUGAGAGGAUAAAGAACCUUAAUAAUCCCAAUUCUUUUUUCCUUAAAUUGUUUGUAACUUGGAUGCUGCCGCUUUUGAAUGUUUACAAAUUUGCUUGCCUGCUUAAAGUAAAUGAUUAAAUUGA